AUGCAGGAUACAUGGGCGGCUAGCAAGGCCGAGGAAACCCAAGGGUACGCAGACCACAUUGAAUCGAAAAACUUCGCGAUCAAGGCUGCUACGGUCUGCCAGCAAAGGGGAAUCUUCCUCUUCUCAACGUCGGCGAAAGCAUUCUACUCACCCAGAAGAAACAAAUCCUUCAGCGACGGGCCGAACACUUCAGGGGCGUCCUCAACCGUUCCUCCAUUAUCUCCGAAGUCACCAUAACUCGUCUGCCUCAAGUGGAGACCAACGCUGACCUCGACCUCUCGUCCUCUCUCUACAAAACCAUCUGGGCCAUACAGCAACUCCACAGCGAGAAAGUGCUCGGAUCGGACGCGAUCCCUACUGAGAUCUACAAGUACGGUUAUCUUCAACUCAUGGAAAACCUGUCCGCGUUCUUCUAG